AGACGUAAAGAAAACGGAGAGAGGCAACAAACAAAAAAAAAAAACAAAGUCAGCUGAGUUUCUUUCUUUGAAUUCUUUGACGUUAAAGCUCCGUUUUUGCAGAUGAAAAAAGAAUAAUUAGAAUUCAAUCUUUCAUUUCAUUUUCUCAUCGCUCGGAUUCUACUCUUUUCUUCCAAGGAAUUCUGAGUGUUAUUUGAAGUUGAAGAACUUGAAGCUUAGUGUGCAAAUUAAUUCCAAAAUCCAUGGAUAAAGGUACUGAAAUGUUCUCGUCGUUAUUAACUGAUGGUAGGGUGGAAGAGAAUGUUGAUUUGAGAAAUGGUGUGGAAUCGGUGAGAUCUGUUUCCACUAAGCAUAUUGAUCUUUUAAGGCCCUUUGCUCGGAGUAAUUCAAAAGGACAAGCAGUGGAUGCAAUGGUUCAUGGAAAGGGGAAGUAUGCCUUAAUUAGAGAUCCUGAGGACUUCCAAUCAGGAAUUUAUGAUAAACCCCUCCCAUGUUUUGGAUGCGGAAUCGGGUGGUUCUCGUUUCUUUUUGGAUUUCUUUGCCCUCCUAUGUGGUUCUAUGCAACUAUUCUCUAUUUUGGAAAUUAUUAUCGAAAGGACCCCAGGGAACGGGCUGGGCUUGGAGCCUCUGCAAUUGCUGCAUUACUGUGCUUUGUAGGGAUGCUGAUAAUUGCAGCAAUCCUUCUGUUAAAAAAGUCGUCAUCCCUCUAUUUCUAACUCAAAUAUGAAGGUGAAAAUUGAGAAGCAAAACAUUUGAAAGCGGCAUAUCAGAAACAAUUGGACAUAAGUAUAUAAAACUUCGAAAUAGGUGAAAACAAAAGGUUGCAUUUUGUUUGUGGAGGUGAUUCCAGUUCAAGAAAUCUUUCUGCUACACAAGUUGAGAGAAAAUUAUACGUUGUAUGCCUUCUUGUUUGAUAAUUUUUCUGAUUUGAUGUAUAUGGACAAAAAAAAUUAUCGUGUGUACAUGAAUGAUGAAUCACCCAAAAUUACUAUUUUUUUUAAUAACAAGUGAGAUACUGAAGUGUUGUGUUC